AUGUCAGAAGCCCAGGACAGACAAAAAAGCUAUGCAGAUCGGAGACGGAGACCUUUAGUGUUUUCUGUGGACGAUCAUGUGUUCCUGCGAGUGUCUCCUACCAAGGGAGUUAGGAGGUUUGGAUUAAAAGGGAAGUUAACUCCUCGUUACAUCAGACCCUUUCAGAUACUUGAGAGGAUUAGUGAGGUAGCAUAUCGAUUGGCGCUGCCACCAUCACUUACCGGGGUGCAUGAUGUAUUUCACGUAUCUAUGUUGAGGAAGUACGUGCCACACCCUACGCAUAUUUUGGCAGAUGUAUCGAUCACUCUUCAGCCAGAUGUAACAUAUGAGGAGGUUCCAGUACGGAUAUUGGAUCACAAGGAACGCCAGCUGCGAAAUAAGAUAAUCCGACUUGUCAAGGUUGGAUGGGAGCAUCAUUCAAAUGACGAGGCAACCUGGGAGCUGGAGGAUGCGAUCCGAGCGCAGUACCCACAUUUGUUUAAUGAAGGUAUGUAA